UUCCAUUGCCGAAACAAGCUGAGGAGGAUAGAUUUCCCGUCUGUUUAGAUUGGGGAUUGGAAAUAUAUAAGAUUUUUUUAUCUGGUGCGUGGACCAUCUGCACGGAUUAACCGAGGAGAGGCCUGGUCUUGGACUUUGACGGGGCGCGGAACAAUGGCUUAUCUACCGAGGUUUGCCUUCACUGUGUUCGCGUGCAUAUUUGUGAUAUGUCGACCGGGUCUUAUCUCCGGGCAAAUUCGCUAUUCUAUUCCCGAGGAAAUGGAGGAAGGGGCAUUUGUUGGUAAUAUCGCUGUGGAUUUGAGCCUGAGUGUACAUCAAUUAUCAGCUCGCAAAUUCCGACUGAGCUCCGAUGAAGGAGGGCGAUACAUGAAGGUUAGUUUGGACAAUGGAAUCAUGUCUAUUCGUGAAAGAAUCGACCGGGAACGUAUUUGUGGGCAGAAUGAUCAAUGUACUAUACCUUUCGAAACAAUACUGGAAAACCCUUUGGAGGUUUAUGAAGGGGAAUUAGAGAUUCUUGACGUAAAUGACAAUUCCCCCACUUUCCCGCAGAGGGGCUUUGCUUUGCAGAUGUCAGAAGCGAGUGCACCCGGUGCACGUUUCCGACUCGAGGGCGCGGAUGAUCCCGACUUUGGUACAAAUACCGUAGCCGCCUACAAUAUCGGUUCGAGUGAUCACUUUAGCCUAAGAACACAGAAAACCGAGAGCGGCAUUAUAAUUGUCGAAUUGCUCUUGGAGAAAUAUUUGGACCGAGAACUACAAUCAUCAUUUCAACUCUUGCUUACUGCGACUGACGGCGGAACCCCUCAGAGAUCAGCCACAGCUCAGAUUCUCAUUACUGUACUGGACUUCAACGAUAAUCCACCUGUGUUCGAUUAUGAUAUUUACAGAGGUAGCGUCAGAGAGAACGCGCCUCGAGGUACGUUGGUGCUGAAAGUCAAAGCAAAUGAUUUGGACGAAGGACUGAAUGCGGUCCUGACAUAUCGUUUUAGUGAUGUUGCUUUGCGAAGAGCGCAAAAUGUGUUCAGUUUGGAACCAGGCACCGGGGAGAUUCGAGUCCAACAGCCACUAGAUUUUGAAGAAGUAAACAGUUAUUCUCUGGAUAUUCAAGCCCAGGACCACGGUUCCCCUGAAAUGACAGGACACUCCAAUGUGCUGAUCGAAGUUAUUGACGUGAACGACAAUGCACCUGAGAUAAAGGUAACAUCAGCUUCCAACAAAGUCCAGGAAAAUGCGCCACCAGGAAGUUUCAUAUCCCUGAUUAAUGUGAUGGAUCGUGAUUCUGGAGCGAACGGUCAAGUGCGUUGCGAGUUACAAAAGAACGUCCCAUUUCGACUGCAAAAGACAUCGAACCACUAUAAAUUAACCACGAGUGAAACGUUGGACCGUGAAGUCAUCUCUGAGUAUAACAUUCUUAUUUCAGCCUGGGACUUGGGGUCGCCGUCACUUUCAUCAAAUAAAACCAUCCAGAUUGCAAUUUCGGACGUUAAUGAUAACGCACCGCAGUUCGGUGAUGCAUCCUACAACGUAUAUGUAAUGGAGAAUAACGCUCCGGGUGCAUUCAUUUUUACAGUGACUGCAACGGAUCCCGAUCUGGAUCAGAAUUCUUAUGUUUCCUACUCCGUUCUCGAUAAUCAUAUCCAAAACAUGCCAGUGUCCACUUAUCUCACUAUUAACACAAUGAACGGUACUAUUUACGCGCUGCGUUCCUUUGACCACGAGGAACUCAAGAACUUCCAGAUCCGUAUACAAGCCCGUGACGCCGGGGUGCCUCCGUUGAGCAGCAGUGCCACGGUGAAUGUGAUCAUCCUGGAUCAAAAUGACAAUGCGCCGGUAAUUGUUUCACCUUCAGAACAAAGUGGCCCAGCAACAGUAGAGGUCGUGCCCCAGAUAGCGGGUCAAGGGUACUUGGUCACCAAGAUAAUGGCAACUGAUGCCGAUUCUGGUCAGAAUUCACGGCUCUUUUAUCAGAUGGUGAAAUCUACCGAUCCUGGUUUGUACAACGUUGGACAACAUUCAGGUGAAAUCAGAACAGCGCGCAAUAUGAUGCAGUCAGAUACUGUUGUACAAACUCUAGUCAUCUUGGUUAAGGACAAUGGGCAGCCAAGCCUGACCAGCAUAGUUACAAUCCACAUUAGAGUUUUGUGGAACAGCACGGAAGGAAUCGGCGAAAGCAUUACCUUGGUGAAGAAUCCAGAAUAUUUCUCUGAUCCAAACGUUUAUUUAAUCGUCAUUUUCAGUUGCACUUCCGUGAUCUUUCUUUUGAUCAUUAUUCUAUUGAUUGGCAUCAAAUGUAAACAAGACAGAAUUAUUAUCCAAGAUUAUAAUUCCCCUAAUUAUUCUUACAAUCAUGCGGGUUCUCACGGCACGCUUAAUGGAAGACCUGCCAUGGAGGAAACUUUACGCUAUCCUGGGACGGGCCGGGUACUCCGCUUGCAAGAGCCGAAUCAAUACUCGGUCUGUCUUUCUCCAGAGUCAGCGAAAAGCGAUUUUCUCUUCUUGAAGCCAUGCGGCGCACCCAUCUCUCAAGCCCAAUGCUAA